UCUCUCUAGCAUAUCUUGCCAUCCGCCCUCCCUCUCCGCCUAUCUGGUCGAGUCGAUAGCUCAGCCGGCGGCCGACUCACGAAGGGCUGCUGAUCUUGCCCGCUGAUGGACACAGCGAGCUGAUCGGACACUCGCCGCACUUGGGUGACCGCGUCACGCAGAUGUUCUGGCCCAGGCCGAUGAGAAGCAGCGGCAGCGGGAUGCGCAAGUCCACCGGCACCCACCUGGAGCGCAGCGGCAACAGUACGCACACACAGUGAUGGGUGCAAAGACAAGGAGAUCGUCAGUGUCCGCCCUCUUUACCCUUCGAGCGCUUUGCGCGUCUGCUCGGCGUGUUUGGUGUUGCACCACUUCAGCCGGUUGGCCACCCGGUGUGCGUGCGUGUCAACGACGAUGCCGCUGUCCUGCUGUCCAAACGACACGGACUGCACCAAGUAGGCGAUCUGCACAAAUAAAUCGACACACGACACACAGAGUCUGCACUGGAGGGUGCUCUGCCUUCCUGGUGUGUGUGCUGACGUGACGCACCUUUGGUCCGACCCCCGGUAGCUCUUUGAGCGAGUUGGCAUCGCUGGGCACCUGUGACCGAUACCUUUCCUUGAUCAGACGACCACACUCCUGCAGUGCAAACACACACCCAACUUGACACACACACUCAACUUGAAAAUAUAUCAAUGCACAUGGGAUGAUGGAAGGACAGCUGACUGACGUCCUCUGCUUGCCUUUAUGUGUUUGGCCUUGGUCUUGUAGAAGUUGCACUGACGCACACAAUCCUCUAUGUCAUCCAGAGGAGCCUCCUGAACACACACACCACACACGGCCACUCUCGGCCCGUGGACCACCUGUUCAUCUAAAUUAAAGGACUGCCUGUGUAGAAACAUACGUACGUAUAUGAAGUCGACAUUGACAUCCCCGCCAGGCGAUCUGUCUUUGAGCGUCUGCAUGGCCCUGAGGGCCACCUCGUCCCUGCACUGCACCGACAGGAUGCACGCCACCAGAGCCGUGAAGUGCGGCGUCGACACGCCAUCAGACUGAAGGCCGACGAGAAAAGCGUGGAAGUCAUCGACCGUCGCUGCAUUCUCAUAUCGAUACUCCUGCAACCUUUGCACACACACACACAGACAGGAAGGAGAGAUGCUGCCGGUCACGCGCAUACACAAAUGCAUGUGUUAUGCUCUCACUUGCUAACGAUUUCCUUCCAGUUGUCAGGCGCCGCCGAGUCGUCAAGUGGCUCGAGGCUGUCCACGUCGAUAGAGAAGUUCUUCUCCCGCAGCCGAUCACGCUCCGACAACACUGAGCUCCCUGCACACGCAACACACACGGCACACCGAUGCAUGCUGUCGUCCAUCGAUGCGGAAUGCCCUAUGCACUGGUGAGAUCUACACCUACCCUUGUCGGCAGCCUUCGGCAUCUUUGGCGCACUUGCCUCCUCCUCCUCCUCCUCCUCCUCCAUCUGGACCGUCAGCUUCUCCGCCUUUGGCUUCGCUGGUGACCCACUGCCGCCGCUCCUGUCUGUUCUCGCCUUCUUCAACGGCCGCCUGCCCAGAGAUCUAUCUGACGGCUGCGGCGGGUCGCCUCCCUUUUGGUACGCAAACUGCGCGAAGAAAUCAUCCAGCUUCCUGCUCUCUUCACCAUUGUCCCCGUCGUCCAUUGUCUGUGUCAAAACGAUGGCAAUCCGGC